AUGGCGGGCAUGCCGGUGUUGGGCAACAGCGUCGGCGCCGGAGAACUGCGGGACACCAGCCACGCAAGCAACAGGUCCUCCAGUAGCGGCUCCCGUCGCGAUUCAUCGCCGCAUCGUGGACAGGAACAUGAAGUCGAUGUAUGCUGCCAUCGAUCAGAAUUAAGCAGCGCAUUGGCUACCAGGUCGCGCCCCAGCAGUUAUGAAAGGGACUACCUGGAAAAUAAUAAAGUGCCGACUAUGGCAUCACUUAGCAGCGGCGGGGUAAUAACCCACACUGCACCCUCAUAUGAGGAACAGCGGGCCAGCCCCGCUUUACUCAGCCGCAACACCAGCACUCCCGGGGGAAGGAGCACAGUUCGCGAUGAUGGAUACUGCUCCGCCGGCAGCACUCCAAGAGCUUUUGAUCACAAGUCAACAAAAGGCUCCGUUGUCACCUUAUCGUGUUAUAAAAAAGAGCCUAAAGUCCAGAUUGAAGAGGAAGGUUAUUACACUGAGGCAACGAAGAGGAUUAGGGCUAACAGUAUUAAAGCGGACGCCAGCGACGGGCGAGAGACUUGGGGCACGGGAGCAGAUUUUCUCCUAUCUAUCAUCGGGUUUGCUGUGGACCUCGCCAAUGUUUGGCGUUUCCCUUAUCUAUGCUAUAGGAAUGGAGGCGGUGCAUUUUUGAUUCCGUAUAUGCUGAUGCUGAUUUUCGGAGCAGUCCCAUUGUUUUACAUGGAACUUAUUCUUGGACAAUACAAUCGACAAGGACCUAUCACUCUAUGGAAGAUAUGUCCACUUUUUAAAGGCGUAGGGUUCUGCGCAGUAAUGGUUGCGUUUUAUGUUUCCUUCUAUUACAACGUUAUCAUAGGCUGGGCGUUCUACUUUCUGGUGUCGUCGGCGCGUUCGGAGCUGCCCUGGCUGCACUGCAAUAAUGUUUGGAACACGGAGCAAUGCUGGGACGCUGGUCGAACUAAUUCCACCAACCGCACCGACAUGCCCUACCAGGGACCACUCUCACACUUCACUCCGGCUUCUGAGUUUUUUCACCGGGCAGUCCUAGAGAUGCAGUAUUCGGAAGGUCUAAACGACCUGGGUCUGCCUAAGUGGCAGCUUGUUGCUUGCUUGGGCGUUGUCUAUAUUACCCUAUAUCUGUCAUUGUUUAAAGGCGUUAAGAGCUCGGGUAAGGUGGUGUGGAUGACCGCUACUAUGCCAUACGUGGUGCUGUCUAUCCUACUUGCUCGCGGGUUACUACUGCCCGGAGCGACGCGCGGUAUCGCUUACUACCUCCAGCCCGAGCUUAGCAGACUUAGGGACACACAGGUCUGGGUGGAUGCAGCAGUUCAAAUAUUUUACUCAGUCGGGGCCGGCUUUGGAGUCCACCUGUCUUAUGCCAGUUAUAACACAUUCCACAAUAAUUGUUACAGAGACUGCCUCAUUACGACCUUGGUGAAUUGUUUUACGUCGUUCUUCUCUGGUUUUGUAAUCUUCACGUAUUUGGGCUUCAUGUCACACAAGCAAGGAGUACCAAUAUCUUCCGUUGCCACUGAAGGACCAGGUUUGGUGUUCCAAGUGUAUCCCGAAGCUGUAGCAACUCUCCCCGGCGCUAGCUUGUGGGCGAUGCUGUUCUUCUUCAUGCUGAUUAUGCUCGGACUGGACUCGGGGAUGGGUGGUCUGGAAUGCGUGAUCACGGGGCUGCUGGACGAGGCGCGCGCGUGUGGUGCCACGUGGCUACGCCGCGAGCACUUCACGCUGCUGGUCGUCUCCAUCUCCUUCUGUGUCGCCUGCAUCAACGUCACCCCGGGUGGCAUUUACAUGUUCCAUUUGUUGGACACCUACGCAGCCGGAAUAUCUUUACUCUGUUCCGCUCUCUUCGAGGCUCUAGCUGUGUCUUGGUUUUAUGGUUUAAAAAGGUUCUCCGACGAUGUUGAAGAGAUGCUAGGCUUCAGACCAGGAAUAUAUUGGAGGAUAUGCUGGAAGUUCAUCAGUCCUAUAUUCAUUAUUGGCGUAGUGGUGUUCGGGCUGCUGUACCAGCAGCCGUUACAGUACCAGCAGUACACGUACCCGCAGUGGGCGGUGGUGCUGGGCUGGGGUCUCGCAUGCUCCUCCAUCCUCAUGAUACCAAUUGUUGCGAUUUACAAGCUGAUAACUACGUCCGGGACAUGUCGACAGCGCGUAGCUUGUUGUAUAUCACCCGAAGCAGAACAUGACGCGAUCCGCGGUGGAGCUCCAGUCAGCCGCUUUACUUGGCGACAUUGGUUUUAUGUUUAA